AUGAUAGAGGCGAGAAGAGCCCCAUGCGCACGGUUGUCACUUGGUAUUCUUGCGGUGUUCUGCGUGGUGUACCUUGCUGUUCCCAGUGCCGCAUUCUUUGGCAGCAGCAGCAGGCAGGCCGGUGGGCGUAAUGCGGCGGCGGAAGAGGAGGCCGUGGACUACUAUGGUGUGCUCGGGCUUGACGAGCAUGCCAGCGAGAAGGAAGUGCGGCAGCGGUUCCGAGAGCUCUCCCGCAAGUACCACCCCGAUGUGUCUAACACGGAGGCGUCCCGCGCGAUGUACGGCAAGAUCAACCGCGCCAACGAGGUGCUUUCUGAUAAGAAGAAACGUCGCAUGUACGACAUGCGUGGAGAGGAGGGUCUGCGGCAGCUGGAGCGAGCAGCGGCGCAAGGCGACCAGGGCAAUGCACUGGACCCGUUUUCGCGCCUCUUUGGCUUCAGUACUGGCAACAACCUGAAAGGACAAAACCUGGAGGGUACGCUGCAUGUGAGUCUGGCGACUGUGUACAAAGGCGGGCAGGAGACGUUCACUAUCAACAAGCAGAAAGUGUGUAGCAGGUGCAAGGGCAGCGGCGCGGCGAAGGACAGCGGAGUGGUGACGUGCUCGCAGUGUCGUGGGCGUGGGAUUAUCGUACAGCGGCUGCAGAUAGGCGGCAACAUGUUCCAGAGCAUCCAGCAGGCGUGCCCACAUUGCGAGGGGAGUGGCAAGGUGGCGCGGCACAAGUGCCCGUCGUGCGGCGGCAACAAGGUGGUGCGCGGUGACGUGACGCUGACGAUGGACAUCGAGCAGGGCAUGCCGGAGGGCCACACCGUGACGUUCGAGAUGGAGGCUGACGAGUCGCCGGACAUGAUCCCCGGUGAUCUCGUCAUGACGGUGCACACAAAGCCGCAUUCGUACUACACACGCCGCCCGAACGGUCUCGACCUCGACGCGACGCUGACGGUCACACUGAAGGAGGCGCUGCUCGGCUUCGAACGCCACGUGGCGCACCUCGACGCAUCCGACGUGUCGGUGGAGAACACCGGCGUGACGCCGUUCGGCACGGUGCUGAAGAUACGCGGGCGCGGCAUGCCACGGCAUCACACGCCUUCAGAGCGCGGUGAUUUGUAUGUGAAGGUUCUCUUUGAGUUGCCCAAGCUGCUGACGGAGGCCCAAAAGAAGGAGAUCGAGGAACACUUCUGA